UUGUGCGACAGGCCGCGGCGCGAGCGGGGGCCCCUCUCUGUCUCUCUCGACUUGAGAAGAUCUGUCUCACGCGAGACAACGGGAAAAUAACGAAUACCGCGAAUAACGGCGGUAGCGGGCCCGGUACCGCUUAGACUUUACAGGCCGUGUAACGAGAGAGAAGAGCGGCCGGACGAACCAGGAGUGCCGGGGGCCUUGUCUCUGGAGACGGCUGCGGGUCGCUGGCUGUUGAGCUAGCUAGCGUUAGCUCACAGGCUUUUGUAUCCACCGGCCACACACACACACACAGACAAACACACACACACCACGGCGAAGUGGGCCGGUAGAUACACACACGCUCGGACGGGCAAAGCCACAGUCUUUUGAGUCACAGAGACGGGACCGGCGGAGACAGGAGCCUGGUUCUGAGGAGUGAGGCCAGAGGACCAGACUCAAUGAGUUUCCAGCGAAAUGUCCGAGAAGUCAGGCCAAAGCACCAAGGCAAAGGAUGGCAAGACCAAGUAUGCAACCCUUAGCCUCUUCAACACAUACAAGGGCAAGUCUCUGGAGACCCAGAAAACUGCAGUUGCUGCCAGACAUGGGCUCCAGAGUUUGGGCAAAGUUGCGGCCAGUCGGCGUAUGCCACCUCCAGCCAACCUGCCCAGCUUGAAGGCUGAGAAUAAAGGCAACGACCCCAACGUGAGCAUCGUGCCCAAGGACGGCAGUGGCUGGGCCUCCAAGCAGGACCAACCCGGAGACGAGCGGCUGCAGGAGAGCCCUCCCACGCAGCCAAAGCCCGCUGCUCCUCUGGGAGCAGACCCCCCCCUUGGCGGCAGCAGCAGCCGCUCCUGGGCCAACAGCAAGCCUACUGCAGCCCUCGACGGAGCCCCACGGAUAAGCAGCCAGUUCCACCAGGAGUUUCCCAGUCUGCAGGCCUCAGGAGAGGUGGAGAAAUCGGGCGAGCAGCAGCAGCAGGAGGAGGAGCCGUAUGGACCAGGCCCCAGCCUCAGACCUCAGAAUGUGGGCAGCUGGCGUGAAGGUGGGGGUCGGAAUCUGAACGUGGCUCCCAGUCCCGUGGAGAUGGACAGCAAGACCCCAGAUGAGGCAGGGGUGGGGCGAGGCUCUCCCUCCCCCACUGACGACUCUGACGAGGCGGGGAAGCCCUCCGCUGGGGAGGGCAGGGAGAAGAGGGAUGCCAGAGAGAGGCUUCCUGCUCCCGCCCCCCAGCACAAACUCAACGGCGGACAGCAGCCUCUGGGGGGCGUACCCUCUCAGUUCCACACCCAGUUCAGAGGCAUGAUGCCACCUUAUAUGUUCCACGCAUAUCCUCGUAUGUCAUACGCACCUGUGCAAGGAAAUUUCAGGUACCCAGGCCAGCAAGACGGCUCAAAGGGUCCACGGGCCAGUGCGAGGCCUUCCCAGCCUCCCCCUCAGUCCUGGCUACAGGACCCAGACCGGCCUUCCAUUGUUAGCGCCUCUGAGCUCAAGGAGCUCGACAACUUGGACACGGAUGCCGACGAGGGUUGGGCUGGUGCCCAGAUGGAAGUUGACUACACAGAGAAGCUGAACUUCAGUGACGACGAGGAGAAUCACACAGCCAAGGAGAAAGGAGACUGGGAGUGGAUGAGCAAGGUUGACCGCAUGCGACCGCGGAAUGCCGACACCCAGGAGGCUUGGAAGGAGGCCGGAGAGGAGAGGAGUGAGGGCAAGAGUGCAUGGACAGACAGCAGAGACCCUAGAGCGCCCUCCCCAGGCAGCAUGACUCAGUACAGCAAAACUGGGCCAGCCCAAGACUACCAGGGUCAGACAGCCGGGCGACCCGUGGGGAGCGGAGGGGUCCGCAUGGCAAAGCAGCCUUCUGUGCCACCUGCCGCGGGCGAGGACGACGCCGAGGCCUGGCGGCAGAAACGGAAGAAGCAGUCAGAGCUUUCGGAGGCUGUAGAGCGCGCGCGGCGGCGGCGUGAAGAAGAAGAGCGCCGCAUGGAGGAGCAGAGGCUGGCAGCCUGCGCCGAGAAGCUCAAACGCCUCAACGAGAAGCUCCGGCCUGCUACGGAGACUGCCAAGCCCGCCACGCCCACUCACGAGUCAGAAGAUGCCGAAACAUUGCCCAACCCACCCGCUGAAACCCCACCCUCUCAGGCGCCUCCCCUGCCGCAGCCCCUCCCACCCUUGCCAGUGCCUUCCCCCCACAGCAUGCCUGAGCCAAGUGUGGAGGAGGAGCCACAGUUUGUUCCAAGGCAACCCAGUCCUCCUACCCACAGGACUGCUCCAGAGCUGCAGGGGGCUGAGGUGGAGGUUGUGGUGACUCAAGAGGUGCAGGUGGAGAGGCAAUCAGUGAGGGACUACUUUAGUACGGAAGAGUGUAGAGCGGAGGAGUCUCAGUUGACCCUCCCCCGCCUGGAUCACGCUGUCAGCGAGGACACCACCCACCCGCAGCUAGACAACGAGGGCGAGGCCGGCACGACCGCCCGGCCCGCCCUCACCUCCGGAUACUCCAAACAGUUCCAGAAAUCUCUGCCACCACGCUUCCUCAGGCAGCAGGAGCAGCUGAAGCAACAGCAGUGGCAACAGCAACAACAGCAGCAGCAGGGCAGUGGGGGCUCUGUGUCCCCUUCUGGGGCCUCAGUAGCCCCCCAGCACCGCUCCCUCUAUCAGCCUCUGGGCCCACACCAUCAGCACCUGGCCUCUAUGGGCUUCGACCCGCGCUGGCUGAUGAUGCAGUCCUACAUGGACCCGCGCAUGAUGUCCGGACGCCCGCCCAUGGAUAUGCCGCCCAUGCAUCCCGCAGGGCGGAUGCCUCCGAAGCAGUUGGUGCGCAGAGAGCCCACAGACAACAGCAGUUCUGGUUCCGACUCCUUUGACCACCUGACCCGGCCCAUCAGAGAGCAUGGGAUUCCCAGCGAGCCAAGAAUGGUGUGGGGUUCUGAGCCUUACUCCCAGACUGAGCCCUUACCUUCUGCUACGCCCCCUAAAUGUCGGGAGGACUGCAAAGAGCCAAGAUUGGAUGCAGGUCUGGAGCUGGAGAGAGGACUGUCAACUGUGUAUCCCCAGGAGCACGGCCCCCUGGAGCCCAGAGCGAAGAGCGACUUCUUCAGAGAAUCGUCUGAGCCUCUGUCUUCCUUCUCCCAUGUCUCAGAAGACAUGCCGGGCCUCCUGCAGACAGACCGGACCCCCGCCAUUUCUUCCUUUGAUCCCGAGCCAGCCGCGCUGUCCGCCGGGGAGGAGGUGGAGCCCCUUGGGCAGGCCGCCCUGAAGAGAACCAUCUCCCAAGGUUCAAGCCACUCCCUCAAACUGGAAGAGCCCCGGUUCGAAGGGGUCUCUCUAACCCAGAAGGUUCUUGAACUCGAUGACGCCAAAGAGAGGCCGGAGGACGUGCCCAGGAAGGAGCCCUUUGGCCAGGGAUCCACGAUCAGCAGCCGUGCCACCCCGCCCCCAGCUGUGGACAACGCACACAAAGCAGACAAGCUACUGCUGCCAGCAGCUAGCAAACAGAAGGGCGAGCUGCGCUGGGGUUCUCGUGGAUCGGGAGGGGGCCGGAGGGAUGGGUCCGGAGCGGAGAGGCCCUUGAGGAGGUCUGGGCCCAUAAAGAAGCCGGUACUUCGUGAUAUGAAGGAGGAGAGGGAGCAGAGGAGAGAGAAGGAGGAGCGGCACGAACGCGGUGAGCGCUCAAAAAAGGAGGGGCCAACCCACAAAAUCCCACCUACCGCAGCUGCUGCAGUGUCUGAGGGCCAGAAGCUGUCUGGCGAGGGGCAGAAAGAGCGUGUGGCUGAACCAGAGGAGGGGGUGGAGACAGUCGGUGGCAAAUCAAGAGAGCCACAGACGUCGGCUGGAUUGACCUCCACCAGCGGCCAGGAGGAAAAGGCAGGCAAGGCUCCAUCCAACGAGAAGCGGCUUGAACCCAAACUGCCGUCCCGGAAAGAGUCUGGCCUGCCGCCGAGGGCUUACAGGCGUGAGGAAAGGGAGAGAGAGAGGGACCGGGUGGCAGAACGGGAGUGUGACUGGCCAGUCGACGCUAGCUUCAAAGGCCGUGGCCGAGGAGAGUACUACUCACGAGGGCGGAGCUACCGGGGCAGCUACAGCGGGCGGGGCCGAGGUGGCCGAGGACGUAGCCGGACGGAGUACCCGUACCGAGAGCCGCGCUCGCGCACCGACAUGCUGAGUGGAGGCGGCGUGGCGGGCUUCCGCUGCCGUGAGGAGAGUGAGACGCGCAGCGAGAGCUCCGACUUCGAGGUGCUGCCCAAGCGCAGGCGCCGGAGGGGUUCGGACACGGACUCCGAGAGUGAGGGCAGGGAAUCAGCUAGUGACACAGGAGCUUCGGACCGUGAGCCCAGCACCAAGCCCAACAGAUCUCUGCGCCGCGAGCUGCCCGAGGCACGUGCCGCGGCGAAAGCCACAUCGGGGUUCGGGUCCACGCACCCACACGACAAACCCGGCCCUCGGGUGGAGGAGGAGGGGCGGCCCAAACCGGGAUUCUUGCCGAAAGGUGAGCCGACGCGCCGUGGCAGGGGAGGGGUGUAUAAUCGGAGAGGGGGAGGCAGAGAGCGGCCACCCCCAAGGUCCGCCCCCCUCCGGAGGGCCACGCCACGUGAGAGCCUCCCUUGGCCCUCAAAACCCAUGGAGACCUUCCGGCUGGAAGAAGCAGAGACGUCCCGGCAGGACGGUCCGCCUGGCGACCAGCGCCUGCCCAAGUACGAGACCAAGAAGUUAAGAGAAGGGGGGCAGGGCGGCAGGGAGCGGCCCCGAAGGCCCAGGCCGGCACGGCCGCCCAGGCAGGACAAACCGCCACGCUUCCGGCGCCUGAAGGAGCGGGAAGCGGCGGUCAUGGCAGGCGAGGCUCCGGCUGUGGCGACGGCACCUGCUGCCUCGGCUCCCGCUGCCGUUUCCCCCGCCCUAUCCAAGGCUCCAGGGACGCCAGUCACGCUACCCGAAGGCACAGCGGUCAACACCGCUCCUGUUGCCAUGGGGCCAGGCCCCGCACCUCCUGAACUCCCCACCUCAGAGGCAGCACUUCCCGAGGCAGCAACCACCAUGGUCGCUGCAGGCAGCAAGUCGCCCGACCUGUCCAACCAGAACUCAUCGGACCAGGCCAACGAGGAGUGGGAGACGGCCUCUGAGAGCAGCGACUUUAAUGAGCGUAGGGAGAGGGAGGAGAAGAAGGGGGUACUGGAGGCAGGGGCCGCCACAACCACCUCUCCUUCCUCCGCACCCCCGCAGCCCGGGGUGGGCCACAGCAAGUCCCCUGGUGAGGCUGGAGCCACCCCGAAACGUGAGGCCGUCCCCACGGCCAAGAGAAGCUUCUCCAGCCAGAGACCUGUGGACAGGCAGAACCGCAGGGGCAACAGUGGUGCUAAAGCGGGCCGAGGGUACGCAGGCGGCAAGGGUGAGCGCCGGGGAGGGUCAGGAACCAAGGCUGCACGCAGAGGUGCUGUAACUCAGAGUACAGAUGCUGCACAGACAGGAUCAGGGCAGAAGGCCAACAAGGAGCCUGCAGCCAACCGCCGUAAAGAGGCCGUGAAGAAACCCAAAGAGAAGGAGAACGCGCUGUCUCAGUUCGACCUCAACAACUACGCUAGCGUAGUGAUCAUCGAUGACCACCCGGAGGUCACGACCCUGGAAGACCCGCAGUCCAACACCAAUGACGAUGGCUUCACGGAGGUCGUGUCCCGCAAACAACAGAAACGGCUGCAGGACGAGGAGAGGAGGAAAAAGGAGGAACAGACCGUGCAGAACUGGAGUAAAAAGGGCUCGGGAGAGAAGGGUCGCAGCGGAGGAGGGUCCAAACUGCCCCCGCGCUUCGCCAAGAAGCAGCAGCAGGCUUCCUCCAUUUCCCAGCAACAGCAGGCCGCUGCCCCACCUCAUCAGGCCCAGGCUGCCCCCUCACAGCAGCCACAGCCUGCCAUCUCCAUGUCCCAACACAGCCUUCCUGCCCAGGCCCAGAGCACCAGCGCCUCCCAACCUCUAGAGGGCGCUGUGGCACCGCUGCCUUCUCAAACCGUCGACUUCCCUACCAAGACCCAGACGCACAGCACUCUGGGUACAGACCUGUGGGAGAAUAAGGUGGCUGGCUCCACCGUGCUCCCGGACGUUAAGAAACUGGGACCCAUCAGCCCCCCUCAGCCACCUGCAGUCAGUGCCUGGAAUAAACCUCUGACCUCUUUCACCGGGGCCGUGACCCCUGAGGCCGUGAAGACUGGCGCGGAUGGUGGUGUGGAACUAAGCAUGGACAGCAUCCAGUUCGGCGCUCCUUCCUCAGCGGGCAGCACAGACAGUGAUGGCGUCCCCGCCCUGCUGGAAAAGCCGUCGGACAAUAAACUGCCUGAACCCAAAGAGCAGAGGCAGAAGCAGCCUCGUGCUGGACCCAUCAAACCACAAAAGCUCCCUGACAUUGCCGCCCCCGAGCCGAAGGAGUACAAGCCAGGUCCCAUUGGCAAGGAGCGCUCGCUCAAAAACCGCAAGGCCAAAGACAGCCGGCAGGCGGAUGGCGAGGGCCUGGAGAAGGGUGCCCCCAAUGGUGCUAGCAGGGACAGAGACUCCAGCUCACCCCCCAAGGACAAAGUUCCCGAGCUAGGGGGGGACAUCGAGGGCAUGAUCACUGUACCGUCCGCCGAAUACUCGAACAGCUCCAAGGAGUCCGUGACGGACUACACCACUCCGUCCUCUUCGCUGGCGGACACUGUGCCCACCAGUGGUAGCAAGAUGGAGGAGAGCCUUGUUGCUAAUGUGGCCCUUCCCCACUCCUUGCCGCUGCCCCGUAGAGAGGCCCUCCAACAGAGCUCCAGCCUCAGCACGGUGUCUCCUGCCACAGUGGACCUCACGCUUAAGAUGGAGUCCGCCCGGAAGGCGUGGGAGAAUUCUCCAAGCCUGGGGGAGAAGAGCUCACCCGUCACCUCUUCUGCCUCUCCCAUCACCAGCGGCGGGGGGGCUGGCAGCGCCUCCUUCAGCUCCUUCUCCAGCGCCUCCAUGUCCCAGAUUCCCGUGGCCUCCGUCACGCCGAGCACCUCACUGUCAGGGUCGGCCACCUACACCACGUCAUCUCUGAGCACGAAGAGCACGUCUGCCUCAGACCCUCCCAACAUCUGCAAGGUGAAGCCCCAGCAGGUGCAGACGUCUACCAUGUCCACCAGCAACUUCUCCCAGCUGGGCUGUGUGCCCUCACUGUUACCGCAGCAGCAACAGCAGACCCCACAGGUCUUUGUGUCCCAGUCUGCAGCAGGUUCUGCAGCACAAAUCCCAGCCUUCUACAUGGACACCAGCCACCUGUUCAGCACACCACACCCCCGCCUGCCCCCUCCCUCCAUAGCCCAGCAGCAGGGCUUCCAGGCUGGCCUCUCUCAGCCCGCGGCAGUGCAGCAGAUUCCCAUCCCCAUCUACGCGCCCCUGCAGGGGCAGCCUCAGCACCAGGCCCAGCUGGGCCUCAGCACGGGCCCUCCCGUCUCCCAGCCGCAGGACCUCUUCAGCUCGUCCAUACAGCCCUACAGGUCGCAGCAGGCCUUCAUGCAGAACAGCCUGUCCCAGCCGUCCCCCAUGAUGCUGUCGGGGACGGCCCUGCACAGCUACCCUGGUGUCCAGCCUCCAGAGCUGGCUAAGCCUCAGUCCAGCCUGGCCUUCCAACAGACUUCCAACGCCCAGCACAUCCCCAUCCUGUUUGAGCCACAGCUGAACCAGCCAUCCGGGAUGGGUGGCUCCCAGCUCAUAGACACACACAUCCUACAGAGACAAGGGAUGAGUCAGCAUUCUAACCUGUACUCUGGCCAAGUGCAGCAGCAUACGCAGAACAGCUACUACAGCUCGACCCAGAGCCCCAGCUCUGCACUGCAACAGGUGACGGUGCCCAUGCCUGGGUCACAGCUGUCGCUGCCCAGCUUCGGUUCAGGUGGAGGCCAGCCCCUGCUUGCUAUGCCCCAGUCUCUGCCCCCCACUCCUCCGCAGACGCAGCCCCCCAACCUGAACCGCCAGCCGCCCAGCAGCCAACCCUACCGCGGCCUCAUCGGCCAGAACACACACAGCAUGAUGCAGCCGCCCAACAAGAUGUGUGAGAUGGAUCUGAAGCUGUUUGGUACUGGAAUGGACGUGAAACCUGGAACUCCUCCCAUCAGUGCAAGAAGCACCACCCCGACCUCAAGUCCUUACAGGGCGAGUUCCACGAGCCCCAGCAGCCAGUCCAGUAAGAUGAACAGCAUGCUGUAUCCCAAACAGUUCCAGUCCGCCUCCCAAAGCAUGCGUGUCCCACAGCACUUCCCCGGACAGUUCAACCCCCAGAUGUUGUCCCAGCCCAACAUGGUGUCUCCACUGGUCCGCCCUCCUCAUGCGAACUCCUUUCCCGGGCCAGUGCAGCGCAGCCCCAUGGGCUCCUCCAUGUCCCCCAACCUGAGCGGGGCCCUGAUGUCUCACCCCCGGCCCCAGCACCCGCCCCGCACCGCCCCUGGUGCCCCUCUGCCACCCCGCGGAACACAGGCCGCGCUCAAGGCUGAACAGGACCUCAAGGCCAAGCAGAGAGCCGAGGUUCUGCAGUCCACCCACAAGUUCUUCUCUGAGCAGCAGCAGCAGCAGCAGCAGCUGAAGGCCCCCGUCACCAAGGCCACCCGAAUGGAGGGGGCAGGCAAGGCUGUCGACAGCGUCGCCCCCAACCACCAGGGGGCGCCACUUGACCGCGCUGAACCCGACAAGCCCGCACCGCUCACUGCGGCCAAGCCCAUCCGCACCGGUCCAAUCAAACCCCAGGCCAUCAAACCCGAGGAGGGCAAGUAGCCAUGCCCGGCAGGGCGGUCAGACAGAAGGCUGAACAAACGGAGGGAUGGAUCGUUGGAGGGACUUGACAGAAGGGACGUCUCAAGUGCACUGGGGGGUGCCACAGAGUGAAUGGCUUUAUGCUGAUUAGGAUGCUCUACAUGUGUGAUUGCUCACCUUUAGCCUGCCCUCCUCUAGCUCCACCCCUUCCAGAAUUUCUCCAUCCUCCCCCUGUUCAAUCUGUGGCGGAGGCUUGAUUGUUAGCAGGUUGGCAUCUAGUGUGUUUGUGUGUAGGGUAUCUUUUUUUUUUUUUUUUUUUUUUUGGUUUUGUUUUGUUUUUUAUACACCCUCCCCCUUACACAAAGAUGGAAGUCGGAGCAUCAGACACUGUAUAUCCAUCAUGUUCAGUGAAGGUGGAGUGCGACUGAAUUUGCUGCUCAUGAGUGCUUCAUUUUUAUAAUUAUGAUGGCUCGCGCGCUCUCUCUCAAGUAGAAUCAUAUGUUAAGGGAAUUUCCUUUUGUUUAUUGAAGAGUUUUAUUUUUCUGUCUUGUUUUUGUAGUAAAAAAAAUUCUUUCUUUUUCUUUUUUUUUUUCUUGUGGUCAGAAUCUUUAUUUUUGCCGUCUGGUCCCUCUGGGUUUUUUUUUUCUUUCUUUCAAGCCUCACUCUACCAGAAGAAUAGACUGGAAGGUGGAGAGAAAUGUGUGAACCAGCAUCACUGACGUAUGCACACACCUACCUGUGCAUGUGCACUGCUCAUCCUCUCCCUCUCGCUGUAGUGAACCCACGUGUAGCUGAAAAAUGUCGGAGCACAUCACGGAACACUUCUUGUCCUCGUGUGUUUGGUUUUCGAGAGAAAUGGGUGCUGUUCAGAGCCACAGAGUUGAUUUACUGAUAGAUUUGAUUGGACGAGUCGUUUGCUGUCUCCUCCACUGUGAGCCUUCUUACCUGCCUUUUGCUGUGUACGCUUUUGGUUAGUAGAAUUGAAGUGCGAGCUGUAUCUCACCUUGAAUCUUUAGCCAAAGGUUAGUGUUGUACGAGAGCCCCUUCAUCCUACAACUAAACAAAAAAACACUUAUGGGAGAGAAAAAACCCUCCCACCCCCACCCCCCCAUCAAAAACGGUUACUAGGUUACUGUGAAGCAGUUUUAUGAUUUGAAGUCCCAUCAGCUCAAGCCCCUCCCUUUCUUUGACUGAAUGGACAAUUUUCACUCUUCUCUCCCAACCAGCCUCUCGAGUCUUUCAUUCUCCUCCCUACAGCUCGCCCAACCAUGCUGCUUACCACGCCUUAGGGCGGGUCCCUGACCUCCGACAGCCAAUCACAGCAGAGUGGGGUCAGGGAACGUCUGGGUUGGGUGGAGCAGCAGUGUUUUGAUUUUAAUACUUAAGAAUAUAGCCGCAAGAUUAAAGACACAAAUUCCUAAUGUCAGCCUCUAGAAACGAGUGUAAAGGGGCCGGAAGAAAUGAGGAAAAUUUCAUUGAACUGUAGUUCAGGAGCAUAAAGGACUUAAUUUCUGUUGUGAUGACCACAGG